AAUAACAUAUCUCCUUCGAAGUGCGAUCUGAGAUAAACUUCACUAGUUCAAACAACAGACUGGGAACAGCCAGGAUGAAGUUUUUCAUACUUGCAAUGUGUAUUCUUCCCGCCGUGUUGUCAGCACCUGACAGAAGAUUCAUUGAUUUCCUCUUCGGUGCAAAUGCAUUUGACUUGACCACACUGAAAUGCGACAUUCAGAUCAUGUUGGAUGCAAUAGGGACCGAUCCGAAAGAGCAACUUUGUGAGGACGAAUGCCAUAACAUUUUGCAAGAGGGACAUGUUUUAAACUACGGUUGCCCACUUGUCUGUCACGGAUUUCAAACGCUGGCACAUACAUUUCACCUUACUCCUGAUACCACGGAUCCGUCUGUUAACCCUUGUAAAAAGAUUUCACAAACACAAUAAAUUGUAAUUAGGAAAUAAAACAUUUCCUGUUCUGUA